AACGUUUCCAACUGAAAUUCAUUUGAUUUGCGGUUAGUAAAAACAAAAUCGAGAAAUCGAAAUCGUUUAAUUGUUUUUUGUUUUUUUCAAUACUUCAAUUGAGUGUGUGGUUCUUUUUUUUUUUACUAUUGUGGUUUUUUUCUUGUGGUGAAAGAAAGAGAACAUUAUGUUUUGGCAUCCCAUAGUGCUAGUCCUGAUUGCAAUCAGUUCAAUGGUUGCGGCAGGACGUUUACCUCAACGUUAUUUACCGGCCUCGGUAUCGGCAUCGGCCUCGGUGCCCUCCAAUCAGUAUUUGGCCCCACAGGCCAGUCAAUUGCGUUAUCAUGGCGUCCACAGCGGCGGUGGACAGGCGGGACAUGUUCGUCCAAUUGGCGGAGGACUUCAGCGUCAGCAUUAUGGUCAACAGCAGAUUCCCAUUGUGAGAAGUGAUUAUCAGAGUGAUGCCAAUGGAAAUUACAAUUUUGGAUACGAUACUGGCAAUGGCAUUCAUCGCGAUGAGACUGGCGAGUUCCAUGGCGGUUGGCCCCAUGGAUCAUUGGGUGUACGUGGCUCCUAUUCGUAUACCGGAGAUGAUGGCCAACAAUAUACGGUGAACUAUAAGGCCGAUAAGAAUGGUUUCCAUGCCGAAGGUGCACAUUUGCCAACAUCGCCCACAGUGCCACACGAGCAUCAUCAUCAAGGAGGACGCAGCGGUUUUGGUGGCAAUGCUGGCUAUCAUGGAGCUGCCUCAUCGAAUGUUCAGGUGCCCUCAUCCCGUUAUUUGCCACCUGGAUAUCGUCAACGCAGACACUACUAGAGUUACCUAUGCCCAGAUCUUUAGCAAGAGAUUUUUGUAAAAACCCAUAUUUUCGAUAUGAUAAAUAAAUUUUUUAACUUUUC